AUGAGUAGUACCGAGUUACAAGUCAUUACCGUUGCCCAAUCGGCGCGAGCCCCAAGCUUACGAAACCAUGCUCUAUCUGAGCCGGUUGAUGGAGCUAUAGAGCAUGAGGGGCCAGAUGGCGGAAGAUCAGGACAGGAACUUGCCCCUGUAGAUGGAGGAGUUGCUGCCUGGAGACUACUAUGUGCUGCUUUUGUAUUCGAGACGUUACUUUGGGGCUUCCCACUUUCGUUCGGUGUCUUUCAAGAAUACUAUAGCAGAGUGCCAGAAUUUGCCAAUAAUCGGUACAUUUCCGUGGUGGGCACUAUAGCAUCCGGCUUCGGUUAUCUCGGUGCACCGGUUGUGAUGCCUUUGAUUCAGCGGUAUCCGUGGUGGCAGCGACAGAUGAUUUGGGUUGGCUGGCCAAUCUGCAUUCUGGGACUGGUCUUAGGAUCCUUUGCUUCUACCUUAGAGGUCCUUAUCCUCACACAAGGUGUGGCUUACGGUCUUGGCUUUCUGAUAUUCUACUAUCCCAUCAUCAGCAUGGUUAACGAGUAUUGGAUCGCGCGCCGUGGCAUGGCUUAUGGUAUCCUUUGUGGUGCAUCCGGGGUCUCAGGUUCCAUUAUGCCGUUCGUGCUGCAAGCGCUGUUAGCUAACUACGGAUACCGUACGACACUUCGCAUUGUGGCUGUAGCUCUGACAGUCCUCACUGGACCCCCUUUAUUUUGGGUGUACUCACUAUCGAAUCUGCUACAAGGAUUUGGAUACUUUUUUCCCUCUUUAUAUCUUCCCUCCCAUGCCUCCUCCCUACAGCUCGGCGAGAGAAGUGGUGCUCUCCUCCUCGCGCUGAUGAGCGUUUCUCAAGUCGGUGGCCAGUUUCUUUUCGGCUUUCUCUCUGACCGCAAAGUGCCAAUUAAUGUCCUGGCCUGUCUGUCGACAGUAGUCGCGGCAGUUGCUUCUCUCACUCUAUGGAGGCUGGCUACUUCACUGCCUCCGUUGAUCGUUUUCGCUCUGCUGUACGGAUUUUUCGGUGCUGGAUUCACGGCCAUCUGGGCCCGCAUGAGCAGUGCCAUCACUGAUGAUGUAACUGCCGGACCCAUCGUCUUCAGUCUGCUAAACUUUGGCAAAGGCAUCGGGAAUGUACUCGCUGGGCCUAUUGGAGGUCUUCUCAUGUCGGCCUCGAAGUCCACUGCUCCAGCAAUGUCAUUUCACUGGAUUAUCGUUUUCACUGGCGUUUGUUGGUUCGCCAGCGCGGUUGCAAUCUUUCUGCAGUACUUGAAGCAUCCUAGAAUCUCGUUCGUCUGA